UAUUGUGAUAAUUUGAUCCAUACUACAAUUGUCGACAAUUUCAUGAUCCUUCGUGAUUCACACCCAUUCAUACCAUAUUUUCUUGACAAACCAUUUCAUGAUUUUAAAAUGUACCUACGGGUAACCUACGGUCAAGAGCAUGCAUACGCACAUCUUUUAUAGCCUAACGGACGCGAAACUAGGGAUCCCACGAUAACCUUCAGUUUAAGUUUCACUGCCAUGGUAAUCUGCAAUAGUAUAAUGAAUAAAACUUUUGUGUAUUACAAAUGACGUUACGUGUUGUCUACAAAUAAUUAAAUAAUGGCAACUAGUGAAUCGACAGAAAAUAAAAAGAAAACCGUCAAAAGAUGUUUCGCUCCCGGAUGUACUGAAAAUUCCAACACUAAUCCAGAUAAACUUUUCUUCAAACUUCCCGAUGGAAUCGAAAUUCGUAGAGAAUGGGCCCUAGCUGUCGGUAGAACUGGAAAACAUACGGUUUUUCAUCCUUCCUCUGGAAUAUACUGCUGUGAAGAUCAUUUCAACUUAUCAGAAGACUCAGCGAAUUGGCUGGAUGUACAACGUUAUGGAGCAAGAGUAAGAUUAAAAAAAGGUGUUCUUCCACGACGCGUAAAAAAACGAAGAGAACCGGAAUUAUAUUCCGAUGAUUCUCCGGAUAGAAUUAUGCCAUUUGAAUUUGUUGAUGUAUGUUCCUUUGUGGAAGAAAGUGAAAUAGAGAAAAAUGCAGCUAUCUAUAUAGACUGACUUUUUUGCCAUGUUGUCAACACGUUUAACAAAACAUAGGGCAGUUGUUAGAAAUAUUAACAAUUAUUUUAUUUAAAUCAAUGUAUUCAGUAUAAUUAAGGAUAUGCUACUUCAAAACGAGAGAAUCAAACCACAAAAAUAACACGAGCAUUAAUCAACAAAAUUAGAAUAAAAGCGAAAUGAAACUUGUUCGACAAUGUGAGGAAAAUAAGAUAGAAUAAUGAAAUGC